AUGCUUAUAAGCACAGGGCAAGCCAAAGAUUCUUGAAAUGAUGACCCAGAGCUAGAGCGAGCGAUUCGAGAAAGCUACGAAACUGUGCCAGGUGACAUGCCAUGGCCAGAUGACGACAUCGAAAUUUUCCAGGCAAUUGCUGACUCUCUCAAAGAAAGCAAAACUCCUUACACCUCGUUUGAGCCUGAAAGCCCAUUAGAGCGAAAGCGUGAAGAUGGAAUGCCAGUCGGUCUCAAAAACAUUGGAAAUACCUGUUAUUUCAAUUCCUUAAUGCAAGCCUAUUUUAUGAUCCCAAAGCUUGUUCAAGAAAUUUUGUCAUUCAAACCUCAUCCAUCUCAUCUGAAGCAAAAACAAGUUGAAGGAGUUGAAAUCAUAAGAAAAAAGGCUAUUCUUUCUCUUACUUUUAAUAACUUUCUCUUAUAAAAUUAAUGCUAUUCCAAUCAGAAUAUUAUACCUAAUCUAUGAAAUUUUUAUUAUUCUUUUUUAAGCAGUAUAGUAUUAAGCUAGUUGAAGCAAUCCAAAGACUAUUUGCUUUCUUGAUCAGAAGUAAUCGAAAAUAUGCUGAUCCUUCAAAUGUAUUAAACGCGCUUGUUGAUGAUUUUGGAAACCACAUAGAAAUAGGAGACCAAAAGGACGUCGGAGAGUUCAAUAUGAUAUUUGUUGCAAGAGUUGAAGAAGGGCUUAAGGCAAAAUACCCAGCUGAAGAAACAAAAGAAACCGAAGCUGAUGGGAAGAAAGUUGAUGUUCCUGUAUUUUUGAGAAAACAGACACUCAACCUGAGUAGCAAAGAACUAACAAUUUCUAGCAUAGUGUCGAAUUUAUUUUAUGGAAAUUUAGCUGAGUUUUUGUAUGCAACCGAAGCAGAUGGGACUCCAGUUGUGGCCAAGAAAAGUUCAGUUUUUGGGCAGAUUUUGCUUGAUGUGGAGGAAGGAGAUCUUUUUAGUGCUUGGGAUGCCUCAUAUCAUGCCCAAAUUGAAGGAUAUAAAACCAUUUACCAUUAGAUUUAUAAAGUUUAACGUCCCUUACGGGGUCACCUGUCCCAGAGCUUCCGCCUGCCUUUCGCCGCAUCGGGUCCACUGGCCGCUGGGUCGACCAGCUUUGUUGCUCCAAGUCUAGGGUAGACGUUACCGGCUUCGACGACUCAUGAGUGAGCUACUUCGAUUGACAUGGGCUGCCUUUCCGAAAAUCCAUAAAAUGGGAAUUUCUGGUCGGCUGUCGGCAAAAGGAAAAACACGUAGCCUGGGACGUAACGCCCAGUUUCACGCUAGAUAGUUGCCCGAUUGGUCCUAACGGACUUGGCUGAGCUUCCCCUUUCCAACUUCCGUGCCUCCUUCCCGACGAGGAAAAACCAUCCCUGAAAAUAGACUUGGGCUAGGCUCUGUACACUACCAGAAUUGCUUGCCUAGCUUUGCUGUCCCUUUCUGAAAUGUGUAAAACCUUGCCAGAUAUAAUUAAAAUAUGAGUCGAGGCUGCAUGGCCGGGAGGCCAUGCCCAGACGAAGACGCCAUAUUUUAAUUAUGAAGGAUAUAAAACACCUUUAAACCACGUAUGCGUUGCAGAGCAAGAAGCCUGGCUCGAAAAAGCUCCAUCAAUGCUCCUUUUUCAAAUCCAAAGAGUAAAAUACGAUUCAGAGACUUUUGAGAUCUAUAAAGAUAACCGUGUAUUUAACUAUCCAAAAACACUUUAUCCCGAUCGCUUCUUACUAGAAAACAAAGAGCUAGGCACAAACUUAAGGAAAAGAUUUUUAGAAAUCAAGAAGAAAAUCAAAAUUUUAGAAAAUACCCUUCAAAAAUUCAGAAACUAUAAAGCUUUGUACUUAGAUUUGCCAACAAUGAUGAAUAACGCCGCCUCAUUUUUUGAUGAUCAUGAAAAUCCUCAGUCUCAAGAGUCAAAAAUCCAAGGGAUAACAACAUACAGCCCAGAUAGAAUAGUUCCAAUACCUGAGGGAAGCUUAGAAAUGGAAAGAGCCAAAAAUCUUGUCAAAAAUCUCAGUGGUCUUAUUAAUGAGAAAAUCGAAAUCAUGGAAACUGAGCUAGCAAUGUGCAAGCAAGAAUUGCAGGAUAUUUUUGAAAUUCCAAAGCUCACGAAAAAUCCUUAUAAUUUGCAUUCAAUUAUGAUUCAUAGUGGGCAAGCUAACAGUGGGCAUUACUACUCAUAUGUGUUUGAUGCUGAAUACCAGAAAUGAAGAAGAUAUAGUGAUAUUUAUAUAUCUGACAUGGCAGAAGCUGAUGUAUGCAGUGAUGCACUAGGAGGCUAUGGACACAGCUCAGCUUAUUGUUUGAUGUAUAUAAGAGAAUCUUUAAUACCUAAAAUACCAAAAGGCUUACAAAGGUCAUAUACAUUGACGAGCUCAGUUGAGCAAGUAAGUGACCAUUACAAAACCUUGCUAUCGCCUACGUAUCUUUUUCUUAGGAUUAUUGAUCUAAAAUUUUCCUUGAUAGACAUUUGGUCUAAAACAGCAGUUUUUGCAGAGCAAAUGUCGAACAAUAAAAAAAUCAAUCAAAUAGCCCUGGAGAAAUGUCUUUUGGGAAAAAAUCACGACUAAAAAAAUGCUAUGCUGCUAUCACCUGAGCUAAGAGCUGAAGUUGACAAAGACAACCAGAAAUUUGACCUUGAAAUUGAAGAAUUCAGAAUAAGUGAAAUAUUGAAAAAUAUUAAUGAACUAUACACAGUGUGCCUGAAUCAAGCAUGGACACAAAAAUUUAGUUAUUUCGGUACAACAAAAAAAGAAACAGUUAGAGGGGAGCUCUGCAACUUCGCCACUUACUUAAAGAUAAAAAUAUACAUUAAAAUGGCGACACGUGUCAACCUGCCCUCUUGGUGCAGCAGUCCAGACCUUAUGGCUACGGCGAACUGGGACGGACUCCGAGUCGAGAAUCAGGUGCAGGCUCAAGAGGUGUAUCCGGGUAGGUCUUGGCCGCUUUCCUGUGGUUGGAAAUGGAGCUGCUCAACAAAUGUCCUUUGGAUCUGAGGACCCAUGGGCAUUCCUCUACCGAGAAACUGGGGGUUUCGGCCCAGGUCAAGGGGAACAGUGUUUUUCCUGUAGCUAUCGAAGGAAUGCACUUCGACACCCGAUAGACUCCAAGGAUCCUUGGAAUCAAGCUACUCCAAUCGCCCGUAGUAGGGCCGGAGAAAUCCAUAAGCCGCCCACUCAAUACUGAAGCCUCAAGACAAGAGGAGACAGAAGGUACCGGAAGGGCACUCGUAAGAGGGAUAAACCCUCUGGGCCGGAGUCGAAAAGCAGUAGAACCUCCCGUACAGGAGGUUUUUGGUGACUGCAUCACCAAUAUGGCUAGCGCCUGUCUGUAAUAAUUCUAAUCCUACUUAAAGAUAAAAGGGGAUGAACUUUUGUGCAGAUGGAACAUUCUAAACCAUUGUGUUAAAUUUAAUGACCCUUAUCAGAGGGGUCUAGAAGAUUUCGCUCAAGGAGAUCCUAUUUUUGAAACCAUGACAAAAAGGUUUAAAGAAAUAUGCAAAGAACCGCCAGAUAGUUAUAUCCUAACAGCAAGGGAAAAGAACGAGUACGAGACUGAAGCAAAUAUCUUUUACAGCAAUUAUUACUAUGCAUGGAUAUCAGUGUAUAUCGUUGAAUCAAUUCUUGACGAGAAAUAUAUAGAAGCUCUUCAUGCCUUUUCUUUUUAUUUUAGCUUGGAUACACAAUAUUGCUUUGAGUAUCAAACUUGGCCAAGCGAACUUUUCAGAAUGCUCAUUUUCUACCUUCCUACAAUAAUAAACGAAAAGCUUUAUAAAAAAGAAGUUUAUGAAGCUGCAAAAAUAAUACCUCAUUUGGCUUAUUUUACAGUAUCAUAUACUGUAAUUGAUGAAGUCCAUCAUGAACAAAUAGCUCAAAGAUUGAUAGCGUCGCAUGAAUGGGUUAAAAAUAAUAUCCCAAGCUAUUAUAAUAUCGACAUCUAUAAGGUGUUUACCGAAGCAAUCCAUGAUUUUGAAACUGAUACUCCACAUACCGAUGUCAACUGGAGCGAUUACCCAGAGAGCUUAAAGAAACUGAUUGAAAAAAUCAAUACUUUUGAUAAAUUCUCUUGGAUUGAAGGCUGGGUUCCUGAAGAAAUCGGCUCGAAAUAUAUUUCUGCUAGAAAAGUGCUUACAAUGUCAAGGCUUAAUAAGUGGGUGGAGCUGAACUCAAGACUGCUGGACACUAAUCAAAUAAUUCCUGAAGAAAAAAUGAGAGAAAUUGAAUAUGAGCUUGGGAUCUUUCCAAAAGAAAGCUAA